AUGGGGUGCCGUCAGGCGGCCCUUCUUCCUGCGCCAACUGCAUUCUGCUGCGCUGGCAGGCGACGAUGUCGCUUUUGUGGCAGACCUCGAGCGGCUGAGGAUCUCAGUGAGCAGGAAGCUGCCGCGCUCCUGCACAAGGCCAUCCUGGGCAAAGACCCCGCCGGCGCCGAGCGAACUGUGGCGGCACUGCUGAAGCGCCGCGAGGGGCGGGCGGCGGCGGCUGCAGGUGUUUUCGAUGACCUGCGCAGAACGCCGCUGCAUGCAGCGGUGUCGGCCCACAGGCUGGGCAUGUGCCGCGCCCUGUUGGCCGCGAACGCGGACCCAAACAUGGAGAACGGGAACGGCCUCAACGCGCUGGACCUGGCGCGGCGCCGGAAGCUGGACACCUCAGGGGACUGGCGAAGCUCCGACCCGGUGCAGGACCUCCUGAGGCAGGUGAUGGCCGGAGAGAAUUGA